AUGCUCUAUCCCAAUGAGACUCACCCGCUCGCUUUCAUCCUGUUGGGAAUUCCUGGCCUGGAGGACGUUCAGUGCUGGAUCUCCAUCCCCUUCGGCUGCAUGUACUUCGUGGCCUUCUUCGGAAACUGUGUGAUCCUCUUCGUCGUCCGGACAGAGAAGAGCCUUCAUGAGCCCAUGUACUUUUUCGUGUCCAUGCUGGCUGUCACCGACCUGGUGCUGUCCUCCUCCACCUUGCCCAAAAUGCUCAGCAUCUUCUGGUUCAACUGGCGAGAGAUCAGCUUUGAAGCCUGUCUGACCCAGAUGUUCUUCAUCCAUUCUUUCACAGCCAUGGAGUCCGGCUUCUUUCUGGCCAUGGCCUUUGACCGUUACGUGGCCAUAUGUAACCCGCUCAGGCAUUCCUCCAUUCUAAGCAACAACGCAGUAUUAGUGAUGGGUCUUUCCGUGGUAUUUCGGGCUGUGGUGUUUUUCUCGCCUCACCCGUUCAUAGUGAAGGCUCUCUUUUUUUGCCAAACCAACAUCAUCCCUCAUACUUAUUGUGAGUUCAUGGCCAUCAUCAAAAUCUCCUGCGGCGAUGCUUUUGUGAGCAAAGCCUACAGCCUCACCGUGGCCUCUAUGAUAGGGGCCUUUGAUCUGAUGUGUACAGUCGCCUCCUACACCUUGAUCCUCCGGACUGUCCUCAGCCUCCCCACUAAGGAGGCUGGACUCAAAGCUCUAAGCACCUGCAGCUCCCACAUCUGUGUCAUCUUGGUCUUUUAUAGCACAGCGGUCUUCACUUUCCUCACUCAUCGCUUCGGCCACGACAUAGCCCCUCAAAUUCAUAUAACCAUAGCUAAUAUCUACCUGCUGGUUCCACCCAUGUUAAACCCAAUCAUUUAUGGUGUAAGGACCAAGAAGAUCCGCCAGAGGAUAGCGAGAGUCUUGUGUUUCUCAAUGCGCUGA